AUGCCCGACGAGUACGGCGACGAGUCCGACUUGUUCGAGAUUGUUGAUCGCACUACUGCCGCGCCCAAACCUCGUCCGCCUCCACCUGCUCCUGCCUCGGACAAUGCCCGCAAGGUCGUCCAACCCACACCUCAAGCCCUACCUGCACGUAAAUCCGCUUCGUCCAUCCUUGUCUCUCCACGCCAGAAGGGAAACCCCAUCUUGAACAGCAUCAAGUCUCUGCCCUGGGAGUAUUCUGACAUCCCUGCCGACUUUGUUCUUGGUCAGACAACAUGUGCUCUCUUCCUGUCUCUCAAAUAUCAUCGCCUGCAUCCUGAAUACAUCUAUGCCCGCAUUCGCCAAUUGGGUCAAAAGUACCUCCUUCGCAUAGUCCUGGUCAUGGUAGACAUAGAGAACCAUCAAGAUCCCCUGAAAGAGCUGUCCAAGACAUCCCUCAUCAACAAUGUUACCCUGAUGCUUACCUGGAGCGCCAACGAGGCUGGCCGUUAUCUGGAGCUGUUCAAAUCAUGCGAGAAUGCUGCCCCGACUGGCAUCAAGGCCCAAAAAGCAGCCACCUUUGCCGACAACCUUGUCGAGUUCAUCACUGUUCCUCGCAGUAUCAACAAGACUGAUGCUGUCGGUAUCGUCUCUAACUUUGGAAGUGUGCGCACCUCAGUCAAUGCCCGCCCAGAGGACCUGUCCCACAUCGCUGGCUGGGGUGACAAGAAAGUCAAGGCUUGGUGUCAGUCUGUCCGUGAGCCUUUCCGUGUGACAAAGACCAAGCGUCGCAUGAAUCGAGAAGACUCGAGACCAACUCAAAACACUACUGAGCAAGACAGUCGCGUGGCUGCCAGACUCGGCAUUGGUACACAUACUUCGGUCGACAUUCCUGCUGGACCCAGCACUUCCGUCGGCACUUCCGACGCAGACAAGAGGCCCGAUGUUAGACUCGCCGACGAUUACGAGCCUGGCGUUGACGAGGAAGAGGCCAUGGCAGAAGCUNUUGCACUUCCACCUCAAACGUCUGUUACACCAAGAGCAGCAGUUCCCCCACCCGCCGACACGCUGCAGACCGAUGAAAACCUUAGCGAGGGCAUGAUGGCUGCGCUGGCCAGGCUAAGACAGACAUGA